AUGGCGGCGAGAAAGUUGCAAACAGAGAUCGACAAGACCUUGAAAAAGGUCGCAGAAGGUGUCGAGAUCUUUGAGGACAUGUACGAGCUCUUGCAACGAUCAACAAAUCAAACGCAAAAGGAAAAGAUGGAGUCGGAUCUCAAAACACAGAUCAAAAAACUUCAACGCUUGAGAGAUCAGAUCAAGACCUGGCUUCAGAGCAACGACAUCAAGGACAAGAAGCCAUUGCUCGAUAACCGCAAACUUAUCGAGACACAGAUGGAGAAGUUCAAGGCAUGCGAAAAGGAAAUGAAGACCAAAGCUUUCUCCAAAGAAGGUCUGAUAGCUGCCGCAAAGAUGAAUCCCAAGGAUCGCGAGAAGGCGGAAGUGACCGACUGGUUGUCUACUCAGGUGGACGAGCUUUCACGUCAGGUCGAAGCUGCGGAAGCAGAGAUCGAGACCAUCUCGGGAUCCGGUAAGAAGAAGAAGGGUUCUGCAAAGGAUGAACGAGCAUCACAGCUGGAAGAGGCCAACGACCGAAGGAAUUGGCAUAUCUCGCGAAUCGAGAUCCUCCUCAGAAUGCUCGAGAAUGGCAACCUCGAAACCGAGCGUGUGCAGGACAUCAAGGAGGAUAUUGCAUACUUUGUCGAGUCCAACAUGGAGGAAGACUUUGAGGAGGAUGAAGGUAUCUACGACGAUCUCAAUCUCGAUGAUGGCGAGGAGGCGUUCGGUCUCAAGGAGAAUGACGACAUGCACAGCAAUGUCGAUUCCACAGCUGGUAUGGAUGAUCUCAGUUUCCGCGAUACACCGACCAAGCCAAGGAGAGACAGUCUUGCUGAUACCAACGUCAGCAGUACCAGCGCGACAACCAACAGCACCACCAACAACGGCACUAGCAAGAAGGAAGAGCCGACGACAGCUGUCUCGCCAGUCUCAUCCACUCCUGCGCCACCUGCGGCUGCUGCAGCCUCAACGCCAUCUGCACCCUCGGUACCUUUGCCAGCGGCCAAGAAGACGACCAAGAAAGCAUCGCAAGAGCCUGUUGCAGUUGCCAAAGAGAAGGCGGUACCUACUGCCAACUUUUCGCAAGCUAAAGCAGCUCCCGCAUCGCAAUCUGCCCUUCUUUCGCCACCCAAAGCAUCCAGUGCCGCACCAUUACCGCCGAUCCGAUAUGCAGCGGCAGCAGCAGCAGCAGUGGCAGGCAACGCUUCUUGUUCUGCUGACACAGCUGCUUGGCCAUCGACAAGUACAGCAUCGAUCGCCAAUGACGCAACAUCAGCAGAAAGCGCAAGCGCCGUGCCAUCAGCAGUCGGAGCCACACUCACAUCUGCAACACAGGCUUUGCCGUCAGGGACCGCAUCAGCGGCGCCAGGCACUGUAGCCAAGUCGAAUGUUGACGCAAUCAAGAACGAGGCCGGUGGCAAGGCGAGAUCAGCAUCUCCAGCACCACCUGGCCUCACCAAGGUCGAUUCAGCAGCAGCAACUUCGACAUGGGCACCAGCACAAGAUGACAGCACAUCCGGCUUCGAGCCUGCACAGCUUGCCGCUUCUUCAGCCGCCGCAAGUGUUGUCCAACCGGCAGGUGGAGGAGCAGGUACAGCAGCUCAACAAGCAGCGGCGCAAAAGCAAGCCGGCACGGAAGCUCGUCUGCCCACCUCUCUCACCGAUCUCGUAUCUUCCUUCGAGUCUGCCAAGCAAAAAUCGCUUCGUCGGGAGGCCAACUUGGGUCUGGUGCACAAAUCGCUGGAAUCAUCCUUCAUGAACGUCCCCUCGCCGCUAGACUGUGAGAAACCCAAGUACUACGUACCGAAAAACCCGUUCCGCACUGCAAGCUACUACCCUCAAACGCCGGCCAGCGUUUUCGACAACCCAGCGGUAUACAGCAAGUUUGACGUGGACACGCUCUUCUACAUCUUCUACUACCAACAGGGGACGUAUCAUCAGUAUCUCGCAGCGAAGGAGUUGAAAAAGCAAAGCUGGAGGUUUCAUAAGCAGUAUUUGACUUGGUUCCAGAGGCAUUCGGAGCCACAGGCGAUUACGGAUGAGUAUGAGCAGGGGGUCUAUGUGUACUUUGAUUGGGAAGGCAGCUGGUGUCAGAGGAAGAAAAGCGAUUUCAGGUUCGAGUAUCGGUGGUUGGAGGAUAACUGA